AUGGACCUCCGUUCAGAGAAAAUACAGCGGAUCCUCUCCAAGUACAAAUUCCAUGAUGUUGCUGUUGAGGAGCUGCAGAAGAUCCAUCGAGGCUACCCUGGGAUGCAACCAUCCACAGGCACAUACACAUUUAGUGACGGCACCCAAAAAGAUCUCCUGAAAUUAAUUGGUAACAUCCCUGUCAAGUACGAAGGCCGCUCCUACAACUUCCCCAUCCAGCUGUGGCUGAUGGACUCGUUCCCCUUCACUCCUCCUAUAUGCCUCUUGAGACCAACCCCGGACAUGGUCAUCAGAGAGGGCAAGCAUGUUGACGGAGGAGGACGGAUCCACCUGCCGGGGCUGCACAACUGGGAUUAUCCCAAGUCCUCCGUGGUCGGUCUUCUGACUGAGAUGAUUGCCAAGUUUGAGGAGGAUCCUCCACUGUCCGCAAAGACCACAGCAGACAAUAAAGACCCCCAUGAGCUCCUGGCUUUUGUUUCCAAUCUACAGAUCAAUGACGGUGGAAGCAGACAUCGCGAUCAAUCCAUUAACAAAGUCUCAGUUAUCGGGGGAGGAGAUUUAGGAAUGGCAUCAGUGAUGAGCAUUCUAUCGAAGUGUAAAGUGGACAAACUCGUGUUCAUUGACGUCGCUGAGAGUUCCACCAAGGGCGGCAGUACAGACCUAGAGAUUUUCGGCCUGCCCAAGGUUGAGGUAUCCAGAGAUUUGUCAGCCUCUGCAGGCUCCACGGUUGUCGUGGUGACCGCGAAUGCAUGGAGCAGUGAGCAGUCGUACCUGAGCGUGGUUCAGACUAAUGUGGACUUGUACAGAGGAAUCAUCCCAAAUCUGGCACGUCUCAGCCCCAGCGCAGUAAUGCUCAUCGCUUCACAACCAGUGGACAUCAUGAGCCAUGUUGCCUGGAGGCAGAGUUGCUUGCCUCCAACACGGGUGAUCGGAGCAGGGUGUAACCUGGACUCUGCGCGACUCAGUCACAUCCUGGAUAUUAACUUGAACACUCACAGACCAGCCUGGGUCAUAGGAGAACUCUCAGACAACAAAGUUGCUGUGAUGAGUAACACCGGGCUGAGCUCCAACGCGCAGCACGAGAUCGCAGCAGGAUCCAGUGCUGCGAAACCGUUGUUAGACAGAGCGUUUGAGAUGAUGAAGAAUAGAGGCCAGCGGUCGUGGUCUGUGGGUCUGUCCAUCGCUGACAUCACAAACAGCGUCCUGACCGAUAGGAUGAAGACCCACUCUGUCUCCACGCUGGCUCAGGGCUGGGGUGGCAUAGGUGCAGAGGUGUUCCUCAGCUUGCCGUGCAUCAUAGGAUCAAACGGUUCCACGCGCUUGGCCGGAGUGUCCCUGGGACAGGAAGAAGACUCUAAACUAAGGGAAAGCGUCACCUCCCUUUCUAACCUUGUGAGUCAGCUUACCAUAUGACGUAAAUAUAUGAUUGCAGUCCCAGUUUUGGUUUAACUUGACUGCUGCUAACUGGCGGGGGGCAGUUCUCCAGUCAACACACCCUCAGCAGGUGGACGGUCCCUGUGCUGCAGUUGAAAUGCAUGUUCAGUUAUGGACAGAAUUGGUGUCUUAAAUAUGUAAAGUUUAUUCACAAGAUUUGUUUCUAUAUUCUCGUUGGAUACUGUGUAUUACAUGUGGGUGGAAGGAAUCUGAAAUAUCAAUGUACAGAUUGCAUUUAGUAUUUAAAAUUGACCAAGACUUGCUCAUUGUGUCUCAUACAUUUGGAACAUGAACAUUUGGUACAUGAAUGCAUGGUUACGUUUUUUGGAAAAGCAUCUUAAGAAUAGUGAUACUUGUAGUUUUGAACAACUAUAUUUUUGUCAGUAAAUACAAUUUGGCCUUGACUACUUUUUACCAAAGAUGAUGUAAUUAUCCAUAUUUUUGUACUAACCCAUUCCUUACAUAAUGCCUUUGAAAAAAAAAAUCAGGGUGUUGGCCGAUAACGUGUGGGGCAGCAUGUAUAUUAUAUUCACUACAGUUGCUGUUGGUGCUGACUUAAUAGAUCGGCUCAUUGAUGAAGUACAGCUCGCAUAUUUAAUGGCCUUAUUUGAGAUUUCAAAUGUCUUUAUAUUUAAAUAACCUUUUCUCUUACUCUUUUACUUUGUGUUGAAUACUUUGCCUAACAUAUGUACAGUAAGACUACACAGUUUUGUGGGUCUGCAAUAAAUAUCUGGAACCAGA